GUGGCGCAGCCUAACGAGUUGUGCUAGUCAGGAACAAAAAUUGGAUGUGAUCUUGGGUGUCGGUGAGGGUUUGUCGCUAACAUGUCGGAGCUUUCCCCGGAAUCAUGACAAACAUUCGGAUUUCAGAUGGUACUGUGGCUUUACAAAUCCUCAGCCUUGGUGGCGUAAACUGCCGAAAAUAGUCGGAACCUAUCACGUUUAGCCGAAGCCAUCAGUCGUAUAGCACCCGAUAGUGCAACACUAAAGCAAAAGCCCUCGUCUUGUCAACAUCAGCUUCUUUUCCUUCACACCGAGAUUCUUUUUUCAGUGACAUCUAGAAACGCAGCCACCCAAAAUGGAUGCACCUGCAGCACCAGUGGCUGUUUUCAAGAAGCGAGGCGCAAAAGCGAAAGCGAAUAUCAGGAAACGCGCAGCGACACCUCCACCUGCGGAUAGCGACAGCUCAGACUACUCAUCCUCUGAGGAUGAAGCAGGCCAACGUAUCAAGCGGAGAAGAAAGGACAAAUCCGGCAAUGUAACAACCUCAACAAAGACCAGCGCCGCCGCCGAUGCGGAUCUUGGAGCGACGGUUUUCAAGGCCGACAGGAGCGUGCCGAUAACAGAUUCAAACGAUGCGACAAAACGGAGCAACUGGUUCGAUGCAGAGGACAUGGACUCAUUAUCAACCAAGAACCUUAUGGGCACGACAAGAUCCGCACAGCAGCAAGAGCCGCCAGAUGGGAAGUACAAGGGCCUUGCGAACAAGCCAUCUUUCAUCCAGAAAAAUCCAGAUGCGCCAUCAAGGACUGUAGGACCCGUUAAGGCGCCCACAAAUAUUCGAACCAUUACCAUCACAGACUUUGCGCCUGAUGUUUGCAAAGACUAUAAACAAACAGGAUUCUGCGGCUUCGGUGAUAAUUGCAAGUACUUGCAUGCGCGUGAAGACUACAAAGCAGGCUGGCAACUGGACAAGGAGUGGGAGACCGUCACGAAGGGCAAAAAGAACCUAGGUGGCACGGUUGUUGCCAGUCGAGACAAGAGCAACGCGGCUGCCGCCGAGGAGGAUGACGACGAAGAGGAUGCGCUACUUGAGAGCAUCCCGUUUGCAUGUAUCAUCUGCAAGGAGCCCUACAAGCAGCCCAUCAAGACGCGAUGUGGCCACUACUUUUGCGAGCCCUGCGCGCUAAAGAGGUACAGGAAAGAUCCAACCUGCGCGGCGUGCGGUAGCGGUACCAACGGUGUGUUCAAUGGUGCUAGGCAGCUGCAGAAGCUGUUAGACAAGAAGAGGGAAAGGGCAGCAAAGAGAAGGCAAGCCGCUAUUGAGGCAGGGGAAGAAGUCAGUGACGAAGAGGAGGAGGAAUAGAACAUUCAGUGUAGCCAUAGAAAGUCAUGGAAUUCCAGCUUCGCCCAUAGACAGAGACAUACAAGUCUUCUGAUCUGGCGCCGAACAAGAGCAAGGCAAAGGGUGGAAAAGCCAGACUGCACAGCUCAGUUUUGCUUGCAAACGUGUGGCGACAGUACUUACCCUGUACCCGAUCUGAUAUUCAUGGUGGACGCGACUAGCAUUAUCCGCUGCCUGGCAGUUGUCUACCGGUGACGUCGCGCUGAGUGGGUCUGACCGCGCGUGUCACGAGCAAGCGGGGAGCUGAUAAGGCUGAUAACGCCCCAGGCACGGCAGCUCCGCAUGCCAUUCAGGUGCACCCCGCCAUGUGAUUGACUCCCAGCGUCACCCGCCCCCUGCACGUCAAAGCCUCCUUAGCCUGGUACCUUGGCUUGCUUUGAACACAGCAACUUGGU